UGGACGGUUAGUUUCGCGACAACCACAACGGUGAUCGGUCGAUUUUCCGGAACAUAGUCAUUCAGGACACCAACAUGGACAUGUGAAGCGCUGAACAACUUGGACAUAGGCGCAGUGUUUUUAUGUUAGUCUUUUGUUUUUGAACAGUGCUUCAACGUUAUUAGUGGAAACUGUUGAAAAUUCAAAAUUGAAGAAAGGAUAACCUCUUAUUAUUUUAUAUAAUUGUCAAUUGCUCAAUGGUACAAAUUUAGGAAACCGAACUACCGGACUCAUAGAUAUUUGUCACAAGUGAAGAACCGUGGUGAUUGGAUGGAUCUCCCGCGGUCGGGCAGGAAGCAGUAGUAUCCAGCAGCAGGAAGCAAAACAGUGAACGGUAGUGGCGCAUGCUGGUCAGUUGACAGGCCGCUUAGUUGACAAAUUUGAAUUUACGAGUUUAAAUUGGAUUUACGUGGGAUUAGCGUGCUCCUCGGUAGACGUUGGUUAGUUUAGUUGACGGAUUCAUGGAACAUACAUAUAUUGCCAGCGCAUCUCGCAUUGUGCUGCCGUGUGGUCGCUUUCGGUUCUGAUAUUGUGCGCGAUAAGUGGUGCCGGUUCUAAGUAGUGAAGUAACAGACAGAGAGUGUAUACUAUUUUACUCUAUAAAAAGGAAUAAUAGUUGUGAAUUGUGUGUUGUGCGAUUACAACGGGAAGGUUCUACGUUUUGAUGAUCUCGGACACGUACUGAAGGUCAGCAUGUAAAUUGUGAGGAUAUGCGAAGACAUUCCACCAAGUGAAUGAUAAAGCGAAUGGUUGUAAAAACUAAAUCAACCAUCCUCCUAGUACGUAUGAGCGUGGACCGGUGAUUGUGAUUGCAUUUCUCACGCGAGGCCAUAUAAUGGGUGAUGAUACGGCAAAGGGCAAACAGCUGCUGCAGACGCAGCAGCAGCAUCAGCUGGAUAAACUGGAACAAACGCUCACUCAGGAAUCGCAAUGUAAACCAAAGAAGAAAAGUACAAUUAUGGAUAAGUUUCGCUACUUUAAGAACAAUAUCACCGUGGAGCCCAUCGUGGCAUGCUACAUCAUGCCCAGCGUGCUGGCCGGACUGGCCACGCAGAAUCUAAAUCUGGAGAAAGCCUGCCGUGUGAACCUCAACUACGGGGACGUGGUGUGUGAUGCGCUGACCAGACGCGAGACUUCCAAUUAUACGACAGAGGAAGCCGUGGUUCAGCAGAUGGUGGCACGAAUGGCCGGUUGGAAAACCGUACUGCAAAGCUCUCUCCCCUGCAUGCUGAUCCUGUUCUGGGGUGCGUGGAGCGAUCGGCACGGUCGUCGAAAACCGUGCAUUCUGAUUCCGAUCAUCGGCGAGUUUACGACGGCCGUCGGUCUCAUCUUGUGCACCUACUUCGAGUGGCUUCCGAUGGAGGCGGCCGCCGUUACGGAAGCCCUGUUCCCGGCACUAACCGGCGGCUGGUUCACCAUGUUUAUGGGCGUCUUCAGCUACAUUGCGGACGUGACCACCACCGAGGAGCGGACACUGCGCAUCGGCAUCGUUAACCUGUGCUUCUCGUUGGGUGUUCCCAUUGGGAUGGCCUUUAGCGGCGUUCUGCUCAAGAAAAUCGGCUUCUACGGCAUAUUCUCCAUCUCGGCCACCCUAUAUCUGAUAGCGUUUUUCUACGGGGUGUUCUUCCUGCCGGAGGUGGACAUCGUCAGCGAGAAGGACCGUCUGAAGGCCAAGGAGAAAAACAUGCUGCUCGACUUCUUCGACAAGGAACACGUGAUGGAAACCUUCCGGGUGGCCUUCAAGAAGGGCGAACGCCAACGCCGCCUCCGAGUGAUAAUGCUGAUGAUUGUGGUUAUGGUUGUUAUUGGGCCGUUGCACGGAGAAAUGUCCGUCAUUUAUCUGUUCACGCGGUACAAGUUCAACUGGAGCGAGGUGGAGUUCAGUUUCUUCUCAAGCUAUGGAAUGCUGACGGGUCUGAUCGGGACCAUAUUUUCGGUGGGUGUGUUUUCACAUCUGCUGAAGAUUGACGAUGCUCUCAUCGGAGUGAUGUCCUGUAUGUCGAAGAUUUUGUCCAGUUUCGUGUACGCUUUUGCGGCGACCACGUGGCAGCUGUAUUUAGGCCCCAUCGUGGAAAUGCUUAACGGGACGUCGUUCAUAUCGAUGCGUUCGAUCGCCACCAAGCUGGUGGCGAGUAAUGAGCUCGGCAAGGUGAAUUCAUUGUUUGGUGUAGCCGAAGCGUUGAUGCCAUUGGUGUACGCCCCGAUGUAUACUACCGUGUAUGCUGCAACGAUCGACGUGCUGCCGGGCGCGUUCUUCCUACUGGGUGGUGCCCUAACGUCACCCGCGGUCAUCAUAUUCUUGUGGAUGUAUCGUGUUCACAAACGUGAAGAACGGGAACUGGCCGAGGAGGCCCGCAUUCAAGAGAAGUACAAACAACUGUCGCCGGAGGGGCUGGAGAUUGUACCCACCGGUGACAGCAGCAUAAUGAACGGAACGGUGGUUAGUGGGGCGACUGCUCGGGUGCCAGAGCUGGAAUCACCGGUUUUGCGAGGCAGAUUUGGGUCUGUUAGAAAAUCUUCCCUGCCUGGGCUGGCCGGCUUCGUUAAUCCUGCGUAUGUGCCACCCGAAGGAGAGGUAAUUCACGAAACUAUCGAAAUCAUGAAGGAUCUGCCGGUGCUGAAUGUGGAACAUUGCAAGCUGUGAUGGACGAUGACGGGACAUUUUUUUUGUUAUCAGAUGUUAGUCAAUAAGAAUGUGGUAUUAUAUUUUGUAAAGCAGAAUCUCCUCUAAGAAAAGUGUAAGUAUUUCAUCGUAAAAAACGUAUUUUUUAUGUAUUUGUAUUUAACGUUAGUUGAUAUUAAAUAAACAUGACUUUCUACAUUGUA